GCAGGGGCAGAACAAUAACAUCAAUUAACACCAAGUGGUGUCUGAGAGAGAAUAGGAAGAAUCAGACUGGGAGAGGGACAGAGUGAGAGAGAGGGAGAGGCAGUCAGGCACAAGCAGGCAAGCAAGCAACCCAACAGCAGUCAGGCGGGCAGGAAGGAAGGGACUGGCUUGAGCCAUGGCCGGAGACAGCGAUCAGACCCUUCAGAACCACCAGCAGCCCAACGGAGCAGAGCCUUUCCUGAUCGGCGUCAGCGGCGGCACAGCCAGCGGCAAAUCUUCAGUGUGCUCCAAAAUUGUGCAGCUGCUGGGUCAGAAUGAGGUAGAUUAUCACCAGAAGCAGGUGGUUAUCCUGAGUCAGGACAGCUUUUACCGGGUGCUGACCAUGGAACAGAAGGCCAAAGCCCUGAAGGGCCAGUUCAACUUUGACCACCCAGAUGCCUUCGACAAUGAGCUCAUCUUCAAAACUCUCAAAGAAAUUACAGAAGGAAAGACAGUGCAGAUUCCUGUGUACGACUUUGUUUCCCAUUCCCGGAAAGAGGAGACAGUGACUGUGUAUCCUGCUGAUGUGGUGCUCUUUGAAGGGAUCCUGGCUUUCUAUUCCCAGGAGGUACGAGACCUUUUCCAGAUGAAGCUCUUUGUGGACACAGAUGCAGAUACUCGACUCUCCCGCAGAGUGUUAAGGGACAUCAGCGAAAGAGGGAGGGACCUUGAACAGAUCUUAUCUCAGUACAUUACAUUCGUCAAACCUGCCUUUGAGGAAUUCUGCUUGCCAACCAAGAAAUAUGCUGAUGUGAUUAUUCCCAGAGGUGUGGAUAACAUAGUGGCCAUCAACCUCAUCGUUCAGCACAUCCAAGACAUCCUGAAUGGAGGCCUCACCAAGCGCCAGACCAACAACUGUCUCAAUGGUUACACCCCCUCCCGCAAGAGGCAGGCCUCAGAGUCCAGCAGCCGACCCCACUGACCUCCUGUGCCCGAUGCGGCAUCCAUGCCCCGAAUCCUAUCCCUUACUCACAUGGGAGACGAUGACAAGGAGGAGGAGGCAUCGCUGAUCUGUGUAUAUAGUGUUUCCAGUGACAGGACUGUAUUUAAGAAACUACCCUUGGAGAGGAAAUGCCUUUGAUUUUUUUGUACUUUUGGAAUGGGCAGGAUGAGAUGGAAGAUGA